AAAGAAAUAUUCAGUAUUAAAGACUCUACUCCGAGACCGGUAAAGGAGCCAUGGACAAUCAGACAACUUUCCCUGGUAGGUCAUAGCAUUAAAUGAAGUCUGAAGUUGGUUGAAGGCUAGUGUCGAUCAAAUACUGUCACGGAUUUAUCGCGUGAAAUAUGCUCCUCAUUUGUUAGUUAUCUGUAUUGUGUAGCGAGCAUGAUGUAAUGAAGUUUACAGGUAAAAGACAAUAAGAAAAGAGCCAUAAAGUCAAAAACAAUACGAACAAAUUUAUAAUAACUUUACCAGACAAAAAUUAUCAUUGAGUUUCAAUAGCAUUCGCAUGGAUAGACUGUAUGUUUAGACUAGAAACUAUUAUUUGAGUUGCUCUUUUCCUGGGAUUGGUAAGAAUAAUGCUGUUAUCUAAUAAAGAACUGAUUUUUUACGUUCUUAGAUUAACUGAGCUGAACAGAACGCCACUAAACACAAGAAAUUAGCAUUAAUAUAUCAAUAAGUAGAUAUGAUAAUACGUACUAGAUUACUCGAACUUUUGAGAUAAUAUUUGUUAUUCAAAUGAAAAAUCCUGAAUAAGAUAGGUGUCCUUUUAAAUGUCUUUAAGUGACAUAUGAAAAAGAAAAUACUGCAUGCAUGAUAAAUUCAUAGCGUCGGUUAUUUAAACUAAAUCUAACUUAGGCCACGGUUUAAGAAAUAAUUGGACCUCUAGAUUUCUUUCUUAGUGGGUUAGUGAAAAAAAAAGUAAGUGCUUUUCCAGCCUACGCUAUAAUGGUUUAUUGAAAUUGUUCACGAUUUUAAAUGGUGUUUAUAGAUAAAAGCGUGGGCAAACUGAAAGUGGUAUUAAUAAAAAGCGGUUUUUAAACAUGGGCUACUAGGAACUCCUUUUUAAUAACUGCAUGGCCCAUACAUACAGCUCAAAAGGUGAAUUAUCGCGUUUGCCAAUUUAUCUUUCACUCGGUGGAACGCCUGCGAUAAUCAGUUUACUUCUAUAAACGUUUCCUUUUUGUGCACAUUUUUGUGAAAAUAAUGACUCAACGUCGUUCUUAUCCGAAUAUCAAAAUACAUUAUAAGUUCCAUAAUAAACGAGCUCUAAUUAAAUAAAACCUUAACUUAGCUUGGGCAGCUGCUUCAUAACUAAAAGGUUUUCCUUUUUUUGUUCCGUAAGUUAAGGAGCAAAAGAAGAUAUAUAUUAGUUUUUCAGCUGCGUUAUAUCCUAUUGACAAGCAAGUAAGGUAGGAAAGAAGUACAAAUAUUCCAAUAAAAACAGAGGACAACGUAUAGAAAAAUGAAGAAUGUCUACCUGGGCAGACAUAGACAGUCACAAACAGUGGAUUCUUAAUCUUGUUAAAAAUUAAGAGAAGAAAGUUUUGGCUAUCGACUUUCUUCAACCUCAGCCGACUGUGCGCCUCCCAACUUCUUGAAAUCUGGAUAUGAGAUGAGACACUUUGUCUUGUGUUACAUGAGCCACUUGUUUCAGCGUUCUACCUGCGCCACCAUCCAUAUGCAUAUAAUACUUAACAAUUAUUCCACGAGUGCGCGUUGGAUAUGAGAUGGUAGUUAAGCAAUGAGGCGCGUAGCGCCGAGUUGGCUAUAAUCAUCUCAUAUCCAACAAGCGCGAGUAGAAUAAUUGUUAAGUAUUAUAUGCAUAUGGAUGGUGGCGCAGGUAGAACGCUGAAGAACUCCUUAGAGAAGAAGAAGAAGAAGAAGAACUCCGUAGAACUCCUUUUCUUACUUUUCAGCUCCAGCUCCGUAGAACUCCUUUUCUUACUUUUCAGCUAAGCGGUGGAAUGCACUGCCGCACUUUUUUAGUACCAGUUUUUUCGCAGACUUUAAGACCCAAAUACAGGAUGUUACCUUCAUAUAGAUUCUUUUUGCCUGACAUACUUAAACUUAAAACUGUGAAUUGUAAAUAAUAUAUUUUCUAUGUGCUUAUUAUUAUUAAUAUUAUUUUAUUAUUAUUUCUUAUAAUGCAUUUAAUGUCUAUAUAUAUUUCUAUAUUAUUUACAUGUAGUGUCAGCUCGAAGAUAUUAGCUUGUUAGCCACUCUAAAAUUCGAGUAUAAAUAAAGCGAGUUUAUGUUAUGUUAUAUGCAAUGAUGGCUAAGCCAAUCGAUGAUUCAGUUUUUAAUAAAGCAGAUUAUCUAAUGAGAAAAAUCAUGAAGGAUACUUAGUUUAUGCGUAACCUAAGCAGCCUCUGUGAUGUUGAAAUGUGGUAUGAAGCGAGCAAUGAUUCGAUCUGAAAACUCGGUUUUCUACCAAAUACCGUAAACUGCCGCUUACAAGUCCUGGACUUAUACAUCUUCGUAAGGGGUUUAGGAAUGCUUAUAAACAGAGGGGCUUAUAUCCAAGUGGGCUCAUAACGGAAAUAGAAAAAGCACUUUGAAGAAAGCUAUAGCAGUUCUCAUCAAAAUACGAUUAGUAUUCACUGUAACCUGCGUAGCAAGCGUUUCCGUUUGGUUUCGGAGCAAAGAAAGACCGUGGAGCGGGAUUUUUGGUUUUCACCGCGCGAAAAAUGGACUUUGCGCGGUCUUGGUCUCUCGUUCCUCGUUCUCUACUCCGGAACCGCACGGAAACGCUUGCUUUAAUUACAGGUCGAUGGGCCUAUAACUAGGGGAGUAGUGAUUAUUAGUACCAGGCUUAUAAGCGACAGUUUAUUAAACGUUUACCAAUUUUAAUCUUGCCAGGUAUCAAGAAGAAUGGAACGGACAGCUCACUCUAUUACCAAUCAAUUGGGGUAGGUCCUCUCAUAAUCUGGACACUACUUCACAGCUUAAUUGCUUUGGCCAUUAUAUUUGCAAACGCACUUGUCAUCGCUUCCUUCGUCAAGAACGCCAACUUGCGCACGCGUACAAACUAUCUCAUAACAAGUCUUGCAUUGGCGGACUUGCUCGUGGGUCUUGUAUCUGUACCUGGCUGGCUUGUACUUGUCCACAAAGAACAGGAUCGUGACUCUGCGUGGUACAAAACUGUCAUAGAAGCAUGGUACGUCUUCGAGAUACUCGGAGGGGUGGGUUCCAUCUUACAUCUUAUGGCAUUGAGUUGGGACAGACUGUGUGCUAUUGUUCGGCCGCUCAGGCAUCGCUCCUACUCAAGAAGGAAAUAUUCAGUGAUCAUCUUCCUAACAUGGUUUAGCGCUACUCUCGUCUCGGGCCUCUCUGUACCUGGAAACAAAAUUACGAAGCGGUUAUACAACAUGUCUGUCAUUUGCCUCUGCUUCUUCCUGCCACUCAGCUUGAUCUUCGUAGCCCAAGGAAUAACUCUGUUCACAAUUAAACGCAAAACGUCCAAACUUCACCAAAAUACGAAGCUCAGAAGAGACAUAAGAGCGGCCAAGACCAUCGCCAUCAUGAUAGGCCUGUUUUUGAUUGGCUGGCUCCCGUUCUUUACUUUGGGUUUAGUGCAGUUUGCAGGCGGGAACCUGGCUGUUUUACCCGCGCAUUCAGUAUUUGCAGUUAAACUGCUCCAAUACAGUAAUUCGCUCUUCAAUCCUAUACUGUACGGACAAAACUUUCCGGAAUUUAGGAAUGCAUACGUGAGGAUGUUGUGCUCUGCUAAGUCAAACGAUGAUAGCUUUCGUUUCGGAGGCAGACGUGUUGUGAACAGAAAGACUUUUCGAACCACGUUAUCCACUUAUAAAAGUUAUUCUAGUCCUCUGCCCUCAAAAUCGCCUCGAUCGUCAGGUACAUGGGACGAACGGCGUGAUCAGAGGUCACGUGUACUGCAAAAAGACGAUAUCUUAGUGUGUAUGGUCAGCGGAUUGUAA